AUGGGCCAUGCCAAGCCACGGCCAUGGGUUAUUUUUUAUAUUUCCAGAAUUGUAGAGAACGAGUUACAAGAAGCCCUGAAACUGGACAAGGGCAUGGGGUGCGAGAUACCGGAGCUGGACCCUUUUUCUAAGGAAGUCACACAGUUCGACAAGAAGUUACCGGAGAUCAAGUGCGAGGGACAGGACUGGGUCAAAUGCUAUCACUCAAAAUGCCGAGUAACAGACGCUAUAAAAGAGCAGUACACUGACAUAACAUGUAAAUACAGAGACAUUCUGUACCAGAGUGACCAUGUAUAUACCAUCGGACCCCGUACUCAAGUGGGGGGAGAUGGGGUGUACGAGUUGAAGAAGAGUGACCAUGUUAAAGUCUCGUGUGUUGGGAGGAGGAAAGAUGAUCGUUCCUUUUUCAGUACCAAAGCUUCAUGGUCCGGCAACACAUUAGGCUUCCGGCCCGUCCCGCCGCUCCCCUCCCCACCGGGCAGAGAGCAUUCCCUCAACGUGGUCAUAAUCGGCUUCGACUCCGCGGCCAGAAAUGGCUUCAUCAGAAGAAUGCCGAAGAGCUGGCAGACGCUGAAGGAUCUAGGAUAUACUGUUAUGGAGGGCUACAACAUCGUAGGAGACGGCACACCUCGGGCCCUCUUCCCCAUCCUCCUGGGUAAGACAGAGCUGGAGCUGCCUGACGUUAGAGUAGGACAGAGCAACGCCGGCAGCCUGGACUCCUUCCCUUUCAUAUUCUACAAGCUGAAGCAGGACGGGUACCGCACCGCCUACUUCGAGGACAUGCCAAACAUCGGCACCUUCCAAUGGCGUUUCAACGGCUUCCACCACCAGCCGGCCGACCACUACCUCCGCUCCUUCUACCAGGAGGACCUCAUCAUGAGAUCCGGCCCCUUCAACUGGUUCACGAGGAGAAAUUACUACUGUUUAGGAGACACGCCGCAGUUUAAAGUCAUGCUGAAUAUCACUGAGCAGUUCCUCGAGUUGGGCGGCAAACGUUUCAUCUUCACAUUCAUAGCGGACAUCACGCACGACGACUUCAAUCUUAUUGACAACGCCGAUAACGACACCGCUGCGUUGCUGCACAACCUCAUGUCCAAGGCCGAAGAUACGCUUAUAGUAGUCAUGGGAGACCACGGACCUAGAAACUCAAAAGUCCGCGACACGUUUCAAGGCAAGCUGGAGGAGCGUCUCCCCCUCCUGGCGCUCCGCCUCCCCGACCGCCUGGCGCGCGCGCGGCCGCACGCGCAGCGCGCGCUCCACGCAAACGCGCGCGCGCUCACCACGCCGCACGACCUGCACGCCACCUUACUGGACGUGCUGGACAUGAGGCAGCAUUGGAACCCGUAUAAAGUGCGGGGGGCGGAUUAUACUAGAGAGUUAACCAUGUUGGAACCGAUCUCUCGCAACCGCUCGUGCAGCGAGGCAGGCAUCGGGACUUACUGGUGUGUUUGCCUCGCGUGGCAAAACGUCUCCACCGACGAUCCGUUGUACGAGAAGACUGCACACGCGCUCCUUAACUACAUCAACUCGCUCGUCGCAACUGUCAGGGCCCUCUGUAUGCCCCGGACCCUGACCGCCACAUCAUGGGUGCUCCGGCAGCGCGUCAACGUAGCGUUUAAGAAUGCACAUGGUAUCGUGGGUAACUCCAGCGGCUUCAAGACUGAAGUGGCCAAGGAAAAUUACCAGGUCAAGAUAGCAGUUGGCCCGGGACACGGGAUCUAUGAGGCGUCGAUGACAUAUCGCGUCAACGAGGACAAAUUCACGAUACACACGAAGGACAUAUCGAGGACCAACCCUUACAGGAGCGAGCCGGACUGCAUCAGCAAGACUCAUCCGCACCUGAACCCCUACUGCUACUGCCGCUGACAUCCGCCAGAGAAACAUAGUAAAGGCUGACCGGGAAUAUAUCGUCAGGUGACAAGCAAAACUCACUAAUUACUACCACAAG